AGAAAGAGAUGGGGGACAAAACUACAAAAGUUCCCUAAUCAAACCCACAGGAAAGGCAGAAAACGGAAAUCUUUCGCCGACCGCUGCAACUCCCACAAGAUCCCAUUUUUGCUCUUCCCUACACGGUGGCGCCGACGGUCGUGGUGGAUGGCCAGAAGCAAUAAAUACGCUUCCCUCAACUUCAACGACAUCUAUGAAAAGAGAAGCGCCACCGCCACCUCCCCCAAUUCUUCUUCGUCUCAGGCCACUGCGAAUCAUAGUAGUAAGACUGUGAUUUCCAACUCGCGUAUCCAUGGCCACAUGCUUGUGCUGAGCCGUCCCACGCCCAAACCCAUUGCCAUACCGCAAUCCCAGCCCGGCCCGAUCCAGCACCAGGCUAAAUCAUUAAGCCCGACGCCGGCUACUUCGCUGUCAUCAUCUCCGGCGGAUCGUGCGCGGCCGGAAUCUGAAUCGGACUUCAUUUCUCUGCGGCCGCAGGGCCGGACGGGGUCGAGCCCGAUCAUUUCUUCGCCUUCCUUGGGUUCUCCAUCGAGCACAAUCUCGCCUCUGCAAUCGCCGGUGUCGAAGUCCGACCGGUUCGUGCCGCCGCAUCUUAGGCCCGGGUUCAAGGGCCGCGAAGAGAAGCCGGGAGGGAGAGGCGGCGGCGGGCCGCGCUAUGGGCACUCUGUAUGUUUCCCGGAUCCCCACGGCGAAGACGGCCGGCCUAAAUCCGGCGGUGGGCAUGACUCAAUGAGAACGACCGGCGGCGAAGGCAAGUUCUCGGACUUCAUGAACCGCCCCGGUUCAAGUGGAUGACUAUAUCAUAUGGAUUUGGUGGCGCGAAGCUCCCAAUCUGCCUACAAGGAUGAACGAUCUCUUUGGAAGCAAACAAACUCAGCGAUGAGUGCUUGCGAAUGGAUAUUAGUCCUAUAUUAACAGCAGAUAGUGAAGCCAUGGAAGUUGGAUUCUGACAAGGUGGGGUGGCUCCUUAUGAUCUGGGGAUAUAAAGUGCUUUAAGGAUCAAAACCCAUCAGUGUUUUAUUCUUUCUUUGUUCUUUUCCAUCUCCAUUUUUAAUUCCUUUUCCCAACUCUUCCAUAUAUAUAGGCCAGCCAAUAGUGGAACACAGAACAGUGUAUUGUUUUUGUCACAGUUUACCAUAUGAAAACUAUCAUCAAUAAGAAUCUUGUUGUUUUGAGCUUUCA